AUGGAGAAAAUUUUGAAUCUUAAAGCAACAGAACUUAGAUUGGGUUUGCCAGGGACAGAGGAAGAAGUUGAUCACCAACAAAUUGUGCCCAAUUCCAAGAAUAAGAAAAGGUCUUUAUCUGAAUAUGAAGAUGAAUCAAGUUCAGAUUAUGAACCCACAACACCCCCUGUUGCCAAGGCACAAAUAGUGGGGUGGCCACCAGUGAGAUCUUACCGGAAGAACACCUUACAAAUUACUACAAAGAAAACAGAAGCUCAUCAAGAUCAGUGUGGAAUCUAUGUCAAAGUUAGCAUGGAUGGAGCCCCUUUUCUUAGAAAAAUUGAUCUUAAAAUGUACAAGUGCUACACUGAACUCCUUAAAGCAAUGGAGAAAAUGUUCAAGCUCAACAUAGGUGAAUAUUCAGAGAGGGAAGGCUAUAAAGGGUCAGAAUUUGCACCUGUUUAUGAAGAUAAAGAAGGUGAUUUGAUGCUUGUUGGAGAUGUUCCUUGGGAAAUGUUCAUGUCAUCAUGCAAGAGGCUGAGGAUAAUGAAAGGAUCAGAAGCAAGAGGCUUGGGAUCAAGUGAACUAUGA